CCACUGGCCGUCGGCGGCCGCGUCUCUGUCGCCGCGCGGUACGAGGGCGGGGCCUCACCCUGGCCUGGCCUGGCCUGACUUGGCUUGAACUGAGCUGACGAGCCGUGGGCCGUUACUCUUGCGGCCCGUCCAGCAGUCCCCUGCUCCAGGACACACGCAACAGACAAGCAAAAUGGAAGGAUACCUCGUUGCAGUGCUUGUGGUGCUUGUGGCGGCGGCGGCGCUGAAGAACGUGCUGUUCUCGACGGUGAGCCACGUGGACCUGGAGACGGAGAUCGACCCGGAGCGGGACUCGAGCCUGGCCAAGGAGGCGCCGACGGUUGUGCGGGAGUUCACGCCGCGGCAGCUGUCGAACUACAACGGCUUCGACCUCGAGAAGAUCUACAUGGCUGUGAAGGGCAGCGUGUACGACGUGUCCAAGGGCAGGCAGUUCUACGGCCCCAGCGGGCCGUACUCGAACUUUGCCGGACACGACGCGUCGCGGGGGUUGGCGCUCAACUCGUUUGAGCUGGAGCACGUCCGCCGCUGGGACGAGCCCAUCGACGACCUCGCCGAUCUCUCCGAGCUGGAGCGCAAGAGCCUCGACAACUGGGAGGGCAUGUUCAAGGGCAAGUAUCCUUGUGUCGGGACGCUUGUGCCGGACCCGGACUUUGCCCCGCAGCCGCCUGCCGCCGCUGCUGCUGAUAUAUAGACUUCCCCUCUCCCCUCUCCCCUCUCCCGUAACAUGAAUCUGGCAAAACGCCUGUCGCGCCGGCCGUGCGCCUGCAAAAAAAUCAACACUUUUCGCCGCCCGCCACAACCCCUCCUCCCUUGGCCACGGGGCCGGCGGG